AUGCCAAUGCGUCAUCACGAUGCAAACAGCCCUUUCCCAGCAGCUCCACCGUCGCCAUCACUCUCAACAACAACCCGUGCCUCGCUCGACUUUCCCUCCCGACCUUCGGUUUUGAUCACCCGCGCCGAUCUGCGAACCUCGCUCUCUGCCUACGAAUCGCUGCUCGCCUCGGCCAAGGCCUACACCUCGACCAUGCUGUCCAUGGCCAAAGCCUCUUCCGACUUUGCCUGCUCGCUCGAAGCCUGCGCUCGCGUCAAGGGAGCCCACGAAUCCGGCCCCGGUCUGCAAGCUGCCUCCGGUCUCCACUUCCUCAAGAGCAACUACCUCCAACUCCUCUGCGACACCUUCUGGAAGGAUUUCUCCAUCCCGCUCCUCUCCCACUACGACACCUACCGUUCCGCCUGCACAGACCGCCAAGUUUCGCACGACAAGGCGGUCUCCCAGAAAUCCAAGGAACUCAAGGAAGCCGAAGCACGCAACAACCGUGCCGGUAGGAAAAAGGAACGCGAUCUCAACUCGUUCCGUCGAGCUUUGGCUGAACUUCAGUCCCACGUGGAUGCGAUCGACGACCUCAAAGCGAGCUACUACAUCGAGGUGUUGGAGGCGGAGCAGGAGGUUUGGCAGUUUAUCGAGAGCAAGGUUGCGUUGGUGGUGAGGUCGCAGAUCGAGAUCAGCGAGAGGAUCAGCAGUAAAGGGUUGAACGAUCCUGUGUUGGAGUCCAUGUUGGCGACGAUCCCGGAUCCAUUUGGAAGCUAUGGUCCUGCGAAAACGGAUGGGGAGAUUUUCAGUAUUUUGCCUCCGAUCUCGUUGAUCAGUUCGGGUGCGAAUAGUCUGCACAACACGAGUACCGAGGCAGCGACGACGACCGGGGGGAACGAUACUAGCGCCACGGAUGUAGAUGUGGGCGAAGAGGGUGGGAAAACCGUGUUGCCGGCAAACAUCAUGUCUCCGUCCACACCGAGCAAAGGUUUGACGAGAGCAGGGGUGAAGGUUUCCAGCAACACACCUACCCGCGCUGGUGGUGGUGAUGAGCUACCAUCGGCCUCGACGCCGAAGAACAAAGCUGCUUCGAGCGGGUCUUCCGCCGCAACGCCCAAAGCACGUUCCAGCAGCAAACCGGCGGCACUCAACGGUCCGACUCACUUGGCACGCGAUUCGCUGCUCGGCUUGUCGUCUGUCUCGGAAGCGACGACCGCGGUUACCAGCGAUUCGCCGAACACCGCGACUGGUGGACUGUUUGGAUCGGAAAGCAUGGAUUUCGAAGACUUGCUUUCCCGCGAACCUACCGCACCUUCUGAAACGAAACCGACACCAGAGAUCGUCUCAUCGGAUGAGGCGGGAAACGAUGCAGCUGCAGAAGCGACCGCAGCAGGUCGAUUGCGACAGGUACUCAGCAUCAUCGAGGAGGACGUCAACGGUCCGUUGAGUAAAGCGGCUGCCAUGGGUACUGCGUCGAGACGCGUCAGUGGGGUGUACGAUGCCGGUCCGGAUCCAUUUGCUAGUCCGACCAAGAAGAACGAGGGCAAGAAUCGAGAUGGAGAUGAAGUGGGUGAUAAGGAGAAUGCCGAUGGUGGAAAGGAAGGUGGUUCGAGUAGGCAUAGGAGAUCCUCGUCCAAGCUCAGCAUCGACUAA